AUGAGAUACAACAAAUAUUAUCGCGGCGGAUACUCAAGAGGUGGUAGAGGAGGAAAUACCAGCCGAAAUUAUCAUUUCUCAGUUUACCAUCCAUACUCUUCAUCUGAUAGUCAUAUUAACAAUUAUCCUUAUACAUAUGAUACUCUAUAUAACAAUAACACCCAAAAUUAUCGGUCCCGUAGGCAAACAGAGUUAGAAUAUGACGAUGUUGAUGAUAAGAGCAGCACCCGUAGUAAUAUCACUCAUAAUGGACAACAACAAAGCUCAGAACAAAUGAAUAACGUAAAUAAUAACAAUGUUAAUAACAAAGUGAAUGAUAUUAAUAAAGAUAAACACGAUAUAUUGUUAAACUAUUCUGAAGAUUUCAAGAAUGUGCAACAUAAUGCUGCAAAUAAACCUGAUAAUAUUGAAAAUAAACAUGAUCAUAAACAAGAAAAAUCGCUUACUCCUCAACCGGUUGAACCUGUUCAAUCAGAUGUCACUAGCAGUAAUAGUAACAAUUAUAAUGGUAGCCAUAAAGAUUCUCCAAAUACCACCAUUAAUAAUAUUAAUGAUUCUAUACAACCACCACAGCAAAAUAAUUCUACGACCGAACCAAAUUUAAUUAAAGGUAACACACAUAUUAAGCCAAGUAGAUAUAAUAAUUCCCCCCCUAACAGCGCCACCACUAAUGCGGAACAUAAUAGUAAAUUUAGAUACAACUAUACUUCAAACUACAGGGGCUCUGCUUUUUCUCCUAACAAUGUUACUACUAAUACUCCGAAUAUCGGUCCUUCUAAUGCUAUAGCAGGAAGGUACUCAAGUGGCAGAUAUUGGAAUAAAAAUACAGGUGUAUAUUAUAACUCAUAUUCAUCGAACGACUACAAAUAUUUUGGAACUUCAAGACCAGGAUAUACUAGUACAAUCGCAAAUGCAAAGGAUUAUAUGGAAAAUACUAAUAACAAAGUUGUUACAGGCAAUAAAACACCAAACACGCAGUCAAGAUAUGAUCCGACUGUAACUUCCCAUGAACAGUCCAAUAUUAGAAUGACAAAUAAUAACUCACCAAAUAACGGUAUUCCCUUUACAAACACGCCAUAUACGCAUACAAAUCGUUACGGUAGCAAUACUAUUGGCAAUACCUAUCAUAGUAAUAACCAUUAUAGCCAAUAUAACAAUAAAUAUCACGAUGCAUACGGAAACUCUAAGUAUCAUUAUGAAAAUUCGCUUCAUCCUUCAACUGCCGGAUCUUCUGGAUCUUCUUCUGAAUCGUCCUCAACCGCCUUGAAUAAAAAUAUUGCUACCAAUUCAACUGGUACAGCUAUAUCAUCGACUAUCAUGGCUAGUGGUUCUACAAUGAAUAAACGUGGUACUAUUUCGGAUUUCCAGUUAAAAGAUAAGAAUGACUCUGUAUAUAUGUAUUUAACAGACUUGUACAAGGUUGAUAAUUUACCACAAGAUAAUACAAGUAGCAUUGAUGGUGGCGCAUUAAAAAAGAUCAGAGGAGUUUUUAAGGAAAAUACUGAGAUUGAUGAAAAAUUAGAAAGUUUAAAAUUACAAAAUCUAGAAAGACAAUUGGAAUUAGAGAUUUUAAAUAUACAAUGCGAGAAAGAUUCUUUAAACGUUCAAUUGACUCAAGAAAAAUUAGAUUCUUUGUUAUUGCAAGAAUAG